GAUCCAUAUUUCAUAUUUCAUAUUUCAUAUUUCAUAUUUCAUCCAUCAUACAUUAGUUAAUUUAAGCUUCUUAUAUUAAAGAAAAUAGAAUAAAAAGCCCUAGAAUGGGAGAAACUAAAGUAGCGGCGGUGUUUUUCAUCUACAUGUUAUGCAUGGUGAUCUCAUUUCCACCCAUUUAUGCUUGUGGUUAUUGUGACAGGCCUCACCACCCUCCUUCAAGACCAUCUCCUCAUGGAAGCCCCUAUCCACCUCAUCAUGGAGGUAGAGGCCAUGGUGGUGGGCAUCAUGGGCCACCACAUCACGGAGGAGGUAGUGGUGGAGCUAGGGUAUCACCACCAGUUGUCGUCCCUCCAAUAAUCAUGCCACCAAUCAUCGUUCCAACACCUCCUGUUAUUACGCCUCCUCCAGUAAUUAUCACUCCUCCAUCAGUUCCUUGUCCUCCGGGUGCACCAGGAGCACCCGGAGCACCUGGCACUCCUGGUUCUUCUGGUCCACCAGGAGCUCCUGGUUCUUCUAGUCCACCAGGAGCUCCUGGUAGUCCUGGAUCCCCUGGUAAAGGUGGUGGUGGUAGUCAUGGUCCUCCAGGGAAAGGUGGUGGUGGUGGUGGAGGAGGAAGUUAUGGUCCUCCAGCACCUAUAAUUCCAAUUCCAAAGACAUGUCCAAUAGACGCACUAAAACUAGGGUUAUGCUUGGAUGUGUUAGGAGGUUUGGUGCAUAUUGGGUUAGGAGACCCAGUGAAAAACGUGUGUUGUCCAGUACUACAAGGUUUAUUAGAGCUUGAAGCAGCUUUAUGUCUAUGCACAGCAAUAAGGCUAAAGGUUCUAAACUUGAACAUAUACAUUCCUCUAGCUCUUACUGUCCUUGCAACUUGUGGAUUGAACCCUCCACCUGCUUUCGUUUGUCCACCUAUCUCUUAAAUCUUAAUAAUUUUAUUCUCGAUCUAUGUUCAUUGUAGUCUGUUAUCGAUCCACCUCCUAAUUAACAAGCCCAGAAAAUUAAGUGUUUUAAGAUGUUAUUGUAUUUUUUAUUUUUAUCUACUGUACUGAGUACGUCGUCGAGUUUACUUAGCUUAGUUGCUAGCUAGUAGGAGUAGCAACUUGCUACGGAGUACUUGUUUAGCUCAUCGUUUCUUUGUUGUAUGUCAAUGGAAUUAAGUCCUUGAAGAAAAUUCUAUUUAUUUA